AUGGAGGGUAUGCAGACGUAUGAAGGCGAGCAUACGUAUUUUGUGCAGUUUAUUGUGGAUGGGAUGAAGGAGAAUUUGGAUACUGUGCAGGCGAUUUUGAUGGAGAAGAAGCCGCCAUUGGAAGGGGGUGGAGGAGAGGAGGUGGUGUUGACGAUGGUGGAGAAACCUGGGACGGGGUUGGUGGCGAAUGGGGGCGUUAGUGAGAAGGAGAAGGUGGACGGGGAGGUGGAUGGGAAAAAGGAGGAGAUGGUGAAGCCGAUGGGAUGA